AUGAAGGUCGUCGCACUAGUUAGCGGCGGCAAAGACAGUUGCUACGCCAUGAUGAAGUCUAUUCACUACGGCCACGAGAUUGUUGCGUUGGCGAAUUUGAUGCCUGUUGAUGAUUCCGUCGACGAGCUCGAUAGCUACAUGUUCCAAACGGUUGGGCAUCAAAUUAUCAUCAAUUAUGCCGAAUGUAUGGGAUUGCCGUUGUUUAGGAGGCGAAUACAAGGGUCCUCAAGGCAUCUAGAGCUUGGUUAUAAAACAACUCAAGGUGAUGAAGUUGAAGAUAUGUAUAUUUUAUUACGUGAAGUGAAAAGGCAGAUACCCUCAAUUACUGCUGUGUGUUCUGGAGCCAUUGCAUCUGACUAUCAGAGACUGCGGGUGGAAAGUGUAUGUUCAAGGUUAGGCCUUGUUUCUCUUGCAUACUUAUGGAAACAAGAUCAGUCCUUGCUCCUCAAUGAAAUGAUUGCAAAUGGAAUAGUAGCUAUAACUGUGAAGGUAGCUGCCAUGGGUUUGGAUCCUGCGAAGCACUUGGGUAAAGAAUUAGCCAUGUUAAAUGCUUAUUUGCAUAAAUUGAAAGAGGCGUAUGGAAUCAAUGUUUGUGGUGAAGGAGGCGAGUAUGAAACAUUGACCCUAGAUUGCCCGCUCUUUAGUAAUGCUCGCAUUGUGCUUGACAAAUAUCAAAUUGUGAUGCACUCUUCAGACUCCAUAGCUCCCGUGGGAGUCCUUCAUCCUUUGGCAUUUCAUUUGGAAAAUAAGGUAGACACUCAGUCUUUAAAAACAGUAGACAAAAUACAUGAGAGUUGUACGCAGACAGUAGGACCCGUGUUCGAAGUGCAUGACAGUCUAGAAAGAUUGGAAGCCACAUGUUGCUGGUUACAAGAUUCAUGCAAUGCAGGUUUGCGGGAAGAUUUAACAAUUGUUUUGAGAAAAAUUGAAUCACAACUAGAAGGCUUUGGUUUUGGCUGGGAGAAUGUUCUCUAUAUUCAUCUUUACAUUGAUGACAUGGAUAAGUUCUCUGAGGCAAAUGAGACAUAUGUGAAGUUUAUUACACAUGAGAAGUGUCCAUUUGGCGUCCCAUCCCGUAGUACAGUUGAAAUGCCUCUAGUCGAAAUGGAUUUUAGUAGAGCAUAUAUGGAAGUUUUGGUAUCAAAUAAUAAAGAUAAAAAGGUUUUACAUGUACAAAGUAUUUCCUGUUGGGCACCUAGUUGCAUUGGGCCAUACAGCCAGGCAACCUUACAUGAGGGUGUACUUCUCAUGGCUGGUCAACUCGGGCUUGACCCUCCUACAAUGAAUCUUUGCAGUGGAGGCCCUGGGGUUGAACAUGAACAGGCUCUAAAAAACAGCGAAGCAAUAGCAAAAUCUUUUAAUUGUUCAAUAUCGACGUCUGCAAUUGGUUUUGUUAUUUACUGUUCUAAAAAAGUUUCUUCAUUGGAUAGACUCGAUAUCGAGAAGAAACAAGAAACAAUCCUAAGACAAAUGAAGAUAUCUGAUUUACAGGAAGGCAAGAAGUUCAAAGCAUUAGAACCCAUAACCCUCUAUGUCCUUGUUCCUGAUCUACCUAAAAGAGCAUUUGUAGAAGUGAAGCCUAUUCUUUAUGUCGAGGAUGGUGCAGAUGCAGCAAUUGAGACCAUAACAGAAAAAACUCGUUCAAAGACAUCAUGUUAUUGGGGUUUCAAGCAAGAAAAUUGGCACGACUCUUGCAUUCAGAAAUGUGUGAUUCCUGGGAGGAUAUGUGCCAUUAUAUUAUCUAUCACAAGUGAGCUUGCUGCAAAGAUAUGUUCUGAUUCCCUGCCUGCUGAUUAUGUCAAUGAUAAUGGUCAACAUUCUCUUCCUAAAGCACAUAUGGAGCAGUUAUCAAAGUUCUGCAUUUAUCUUCUUGACAAAGCUAUAAAAGAUAACAACUUUGCCUGGGAAGAUAUAAUGAGUUUGAGGUUCUACAUCCCGGUAAGCCUUCAAAUGUCAGUCGAGCUAAUACAACCUAUGUUCAGCAAUGCACUUUUUGAACUCUCUGAAAUGAAUCAAAGGAAAGUUAAAAGUUAUGAGGAGCCGAUCUUCAACAUAGUUCCCGUCAUAGGUGCUGGGCGGUCUGCUUCAUCCAUGGACAAUGUAGUGACCUGUGAAUUACUAGCUCAUAAAUCCUGA